AUGUUCUACCACGAACAUCGAAUUCUGCCCAGGUCCAUGGAAUUAUCACGACCACAACUGGAUGAGACUUCUCGCAUGAACUUGCUAGCCAGCAGUCUCCUCUUGAUCUACUAUGAGAUUGUGCUGGGAAAUUCUGCAAGCAAUGCUUGGUGCCACCUCCAAGGCGCGAAAGUUCUCUUGGAGUACCACAGCGAGGCCCCCGAAACCCCAUGCAUCUCAUUCUUCCGUAAGAUCUUCCAGUACUUCAACGUGAUGCUUGCCCUUUCACUGGAAAGACGACCGCUUCAGAUAACGGCCAGCUCGGGGCCCGACUUCACCGACUACAUAGACCCGGUAUUCGGUUGCACCGCUAGCCUUUGGCCUCUCGUGUAUAACCUAGCCGAUCUCAUCGGCCGUGCCCGCCUAGGCGAAGACAUCCACAAAGACAGCAAACCUUUAAUGGCCAGUUUGCAAGCAUGGUCAAUCGAGUCGUCCUUCGGCAGCGAUGCCUACACCGAAGCAAUGGUUCAGAUCGCGCGAUCUUACAAAUUCUGCGGGCUUUUAAUGCUUCAACAGGCCGUGCAAUGCGAAGCGCCCGAGUCCAGCGAGUUCUCUAAUCUGCAGAGCGAAGAAAUCUACCAGUCGGCUUUCAACAGUGUCCUCCGAGUAUGUGUUUUGUCUCUUCCGAUGGCUACGUUGACGUGGCCGCUUUACGUGGUGGGAAGGCUUGCUUCGUCGACCAGUGAUCGCACUGUAAUUUUGCAUAUUUUCUCGCAGUUCUUGGAGAAGCAUCAUAUGAAGGUUGUUGAUGGCGCGCGCGCAGCUGUGCAGGCACAUUGGGACGACAGGAGGCUUGGUUGGCAGCAAUCAGCACCAGUGUUGCUUGGUUGA